AUGCUCUCCAAGGUUGCCACCAGACAGUUCUCCAAGUCCGCCUCCACCGCCUACAAGGUGGCCGUGCUCGGCGCCGGCGGUGGUAUCGGUCAACCGCUCUCGUUGUUGAUGAAGUUGAACCCCAAGGUGACCGACUUGGCCCUUUACGACAUCAAGGGCGCCCCCGGUGUCGGCGCCGACGUGUCGCACGUGCCCACCAACUCCACCGUCAAGGGGUACAACCCCGACGCCAUCGACCAGGCGCUUAAGGGCUCCGACGUCGUCAUCAUCCCCGCCGGGGUCCCGAGAAAGCCCGGUAUGACCAGAGACGACUUGUUCAACACCAACGCCUCCAUCGUCAGAGACUUGGCCAAGGCCGCCGCCGAACACUGCCCCAAGGCCGCCAUUUUGAUCAUCUCCAACCCCGUCAACUCCACCGUGCCCAUUGUCGCCGAAGUGUUCAAGAACGCCGGUGUCUACGACCCUAAGAAGUUGUUCGGUGUCACCACUUUGGACGUGUUGAGAGCCCUGAGAUUCAUCUCCGAAGUCGAAGGCACUAACCCCGUCGACGAAAAGGUCACCGUCGUCGGUGGCCACUCCGGUAUCACCAUCGUCCCCUUGAUCUCGCAAACCAAGCACAAGAACAUGGCCAAGGACAAGAGAGACGCCUUGAUCCACCGUAUCCAAUUCGGCGGUGACGAAGUCGUCAAGGCCAAGGACGGUGCUGGUUCCGCCACCUUGUCGAUGGCCCAAGCCGGUGCCAGAAUGGCCGGGUCGGUGUUGAACGGUUUGGCCGGCGAACACGACGUCAUCGAACCCACUUUCGUCGACUCGCCCUUGUUCAAGUCCGAAGGCGUCGAAUUCUUCUCGCUGAAGGUCACUUUGGGCCCCCAAGGUGUCGCCAAGAUCCACGACUUGGGUGAAUUGGCCGACUACGAAGAAGAAAUGGUCAAGACCGCCAAGGAAACCUUGAUCAAGAACAUCCAAAAGGGUCAAGACUUCGUUAAGCAAAACCCUUAA